AUGGGCAAAAGGAAGAAGGCUUUGGCCGCAAAGGCUCAAGGCGGGAUUGCAUUAAAAGCUGCCCGCCGUGGAAAUAAAGAAGAUCGACAUGCCCGCAAGCUAGUCGUACGAAGAAAACAGAAGCAAAAUAUUACUGCAGAGGCGUGGGCGGCCCCGGCCCCUUCACAUCUUGUAGCCAAGCUGGAUGUGCCGAAAGUCAAGUCCAAGUACCAGUCAUAUUUCGAGUUUGCAGAGAACACCGAGAAGAAAGAAAAAAGGCUCGAAUUCCAGGUUACCGAUAAUCCCAAGCCACCACCAGGCUUCGCAUUUGUACCUAUUGGGGACCCGAUAUUGACGAAAGGAUGCAAAGAACUCUCCCGAGAACGAGAUGCUAUGAUCUUCAUUGUUUCGGCUUCCAAAGAGGAGAAAUCCAAAAUUUCCGAACACAUCUACCGAACCGGAUACCAUUUCCGAGAAUCCAUAGUAGAAGACGCUCGUCAAAUCAUUGGCGAAACGGUUCUUAGCCGCCCCACGGUUGCUCCUGGCGAGAUAGAGCCCAUCCCGGAGACGCAAGAUGAGAUAAACAAACAGGCCGACGCCGCAAUCCGAGACUUGUUUCCAAGGAUACCGAACACUGACAGACAAAUGAUCCUUGAGCAUGCUUUCAAAAAGGGUGCGCUAUUCCAUGGUGAGCCGACCGUUGGGUUACAAACCGACCUUCCCCUUUCUCGCCGAGUCCAGCUCGCCGUCCUCGCCCAUAUUAGACACACCCAUACAAGAUAUGACAAGCUCCUCCGUGAGACCACGUGGGUGAACGCUCGAAAGGUAGUCGAGCAGGUAUGUCUUGAUGUGCUCGUCAAAUGGCGUGGAGAUGAAGAGACGGGUCGGGACCAAAUGGAUGAAAUUCUUCGUGAAAUCGUCAUCAUUACCGACUCAGAAGAGGAGGAUGACAGCAGUUCAGAAGAAGAUAGUUCCGAGGAAGACGGUGAAGUAACCUCAAUAUCCUCCGCAGAAGCUUCUCCUGCUCCAGUAUCUCGUAAUCAACAACGCGCUGCCCGCCCAGAGAACCAUGCUGGAGAGGUCCUUGGUCGGAAACCUAUAAAUGGGAACGGGGUCGAUUCAGGUGCAGUAUCUUCACGUACAAGAGCCAAGGUGAAUCCAAAAAUCCGACAAGAAAGAAGAGCACAACGAGGAUUUAAACGCUACCAAGCCGCAUGGGACGAUGCCCUGCAUAGACGACAGAAUCCUGCGAGACAAUCCAAUACACCACACCCUAACACACCGUUCGAAAUUAUCGCCAAUAGGAUGCCCCAAUCUAUGGGUGCAUCCCCGCCUCGGGAGGUAGCAUACCGCCCAUUGCCCGGAGCAAACGUUGUAUAUAGAGACUCGAGCCCCAAUAACCGAGACCAGCGACAUAAUGGCGCCCAUCUCGUCGCACGACCGGAUCCAUACUAUUCACAACAUAUAUCAGCAGCAGAAUCCCAUAUACAGAGGAAUGAGGUAAUCGUAAGAUCACUACCAGAACGGAACAUUAACCAAGACCCUUCACUUCACUCUGGCACACCAUCCCAGCCUGUCUGGGAGCAAAGACCACCACAAGUUGUGAGAGGAUCUUCACACAGGCAUGGCCUUCAAGACAUGCUUGUGCCUUCCAUUGAAACAAGUUCAAGCGAUGCCAUGCGUCCCUUAGAUGAGCGGCGUAACGUCCCCGAUCAUUUCAAUCAAUCCCGAGAGCUAUAUUCUCGGCGGAUGAUUGAAAAUCGGAGACCAUCACCACCACGGCGGCAAGUGGUCGUCAUUGAUGAUAGUCCUCCCCAGAUUAAGCGUCGGCGCCUGGUCGGAGAUGAUUCGGGUCGUUUCAGACCUCUCCCAUCCAGUGAUUAUAGCGUUUAUGCAUCUGCUCCGCCAUCUGAUUCUCAUUUGCUGCCGUCAUCAUCUAUUCAACCAAGAGAUUUUCUUGUUCGACGUCCUGCAGUUGAACUGGAAUCUAGUCAAGGUUUGUCCAGGAAUGCACGUUCUUCCUAUACUGCUCCUACGGCGCAAAUCCCAAUAUACGAUGCACCAGGACCUGGCAGCCUCGCCCGGCCUUCAGAGCAAUUCAGGAGGUCAGAUGUACUUGAUGCUGGCCAGCGUGAAGGUCCAAUCAUUAUGCGUCACAUUGAUUCUGCCUCAUUUCACCAUAACAGCGGGGGUGAUGCUGCCUAUCGGCGACUCACCGCCGAGAAUGUCAGGGACAACCAGAGUGUUAGGAUUCGUGAGGAUGAUCGUGGCUUCCACCAAGUCGGGCCUGACUACCACGGCAACCAUACCCAAAGGUUGCGAUCUCCCAGCCUCACUGCCUCUGGCAGGCUUUCUCGUACUUAUGAUGAGGGUCCAAGUCGUCCUGUGAUAGACCAAGCUUUCAUUCAUGAUUUUUCUCAGUCUCGGCUUGAUGGUCCCGUUCGAGCAACAAAUGGUUCUAAUGUUCUUCCUGCACGAUCUCAUCAGGAAUUUGAAGGUCAAGGCAACCGUUCACGUGGUUAUGAGGAUCAUCCUGCUAGAUCAUUCGCAACACUUCCACCCGCUCGAGCAAGGUCUCCUGCAGGAUAUCUUCAGAGACCCAUAUCUAGGCACGACCGUGAAGAGACGGGUCGGCCUAUUGUUUAUGAAAAUCCCCGGUCUCCUGCUCAGAUGAAUUACGCCCCAGUUGAACAACCUCCCAUACUUGUUCGCCAAGGAAUAAUGCGUCCGCAGGCAGGUGUCGCACCAUCACACGCUCGGGUGCCGAGACGCGAACUCGUCAUUCUUGAAUAA